AUGCAUGUUGACAAAAAAACUCAAAAGUAUGACCGUCAACUUCGUUUAUGGCAUGCAAGUGGUCAAACAGCUUUAGAAACUGCUAAAGUAUGUCUCAUUAAUGGUACAGCUACAGGCUGCGAAAUUCUAAAAGACUUGGUUUUACCUGGCAUUGGGUCCUUUACAGUGGUCGACGAUAAAAUUGUUGAUGGCUCUGACGUUGGGAACACAUUUUUCUUAGUUCCUGACAGUAUAGGUAAAAGUAGAGCUCAAGCCGUUACAGAAUUUUUGCAAGAACUAAAUGAAGAUGUUAAGGGAUUUCAUUUUUCUGAGAAUCCGAUUGCUCUUAUUGAGAAUCAACCAGAGUAUUUCUUGCAAUUUUCUAUCGUGAUCACUACAAAUAUUCCCGAAAAACCUUUACUUAAGUUAGCGGAUACUCUGUGGAAUGCAAAAAUUCCUCUCGUUGUCUUACGCACCGUUGGAUUCAUAGGAUAUUUUCGAAUUGCUUUACCAGAACAUACGAAUGUUCCUUUUCUAUCUCUUGAACAAUAUGUCAAAACAUUUAAUUUCGAUACAUUAGAUAGUAUGGAUCACGGACAUAUUCCUUAUGUAGUGAUCCUUUUGAAAUAUCUUGAACAAUGGAAACAAGACCAUGACGGUAAAUUACCUAGCACUUCUGCAGAAAGGAACGAAUUCAAGCAACUAAUCCAAAGUGGUAAACGCAAUGCUGACGAAGAAAACUUUGACGAAGCGUUGUCAAGUGCAUGGAGGGCUUGUACUGUCACUAAGGUACCUCGUCAAGUCGAAGAAAUCUUUAAAGAUUCAUCAUGCGAGAACAUAACGUCCGAGUCAUCAAAUUUCUGGAUUAUAGUUCGAGCUAUCCGUGAGUUUGUAGCAAAUGAAGGUCAAGGCUUGCUUCCAUUAGCGGGAAGUGUACCGGAUAUGAAGGCUUACACUUCUGGAUAUGUUGCAAUGCAAAACAUCUAUCGUCAAAAAGCUAAAGAAGACAUAUCUAUUGUUCGUGCUCAUGUACAUGAUAUCUUAACUUCUAUUGGACGAUCAGUUGAUUCCAUUUCUGAUGACGAAAUAGAUAGUCGAUGGUUACGAGAUUCUCAAGAAAACAUCGUUAAUUACGUUCUUAUCAGAGCAAUGGAUCGAUUUUAUGAGUCUCAUAAUCGUUAUCCUGACGCCGCAACAUUUUUCCUUGAAGAUGAUGCAGAGGAAGCAAGUGAAGAGGCAAGGUCUGAAUUUAGUACUUUAAAAACUUAUGUCAACCUUUUAUUAGGUGAAUGGGAUAUAACGAAUUAUCCAGAACAUUUAGAUAAUCAUAUUCAUGAAAUUUGUCGAGCUGGUGGUUCAGAAUUAGCAAACAUCGCUUCUUUACUUGGGGGUAUGGUAUCGCAAGAAAUUAUCAAACUCAUCACCAGACAAUAUAUUCCUAUCAAUAAUUCAAUAGUGUUUGAUGGUAUAAGGUCAAUGUCUUCUUCAUAUAUAUUGUAG